AUGCCAAGAAACGGAAAAAACGCACGUGGUUCAGCUGACGGUAAACAGCCAAACAAACAAUCAGCUAAACAAUCGGGAAACGGUAAAACAUCUGAUUUAUUUAGCACGGACUCAAAUGGCGAUGAACAAAAGAAGCAGCCGUUAGCAAACCAAACAAACCAAACAAAGCCUAAUGAUAACAUUAAAACUAGCUGUAAUAAUAAAACACCAGAUGAUGAAAAAACUCGAGGGGUCGCCAAAACCGAGGAUAAUAGUCAAGACUCAUCGGCUAACCCACAAACUCACGAAAACGCCCAUGCAACCACCGAAGUUGAGACGCAGCCAAGUAGCAAAAAAUUCGCAGCAACAAGGCAAGAAAUAUGCAACCAAGCAGACUUAACCGUUAAAGAUAAUGAAAAAGCUAGCUCUCAUAAAAGACCGAGACAAGCCGAUGUCAAU